GUUCAGACUUGUUCUAACCACGAGGAGAAGACGUAGGAGACGUAAAGUCUGAGGCCGAACCAGAAGGAAAUAGACCAGACCUUGAAUAUCUAGAAGAGCAGCGUGACCAGCGAACCACAACUGAGCCGCAGCCGGCCCGGUGCAACAUGGGAGCGGACAAUUCAAAGCAAGUUGGACCCUCACACACAGAAGGUCAGGACCACAGACUGAGAGCAGAGUCUCCAGGGUCCAGCUGUCUGUCUCUGAAGAGUGACUGGUCCAAAGGUUAUCCUCCAAACUUCAGUAAUGAACCUGGACCCUCACUCACAGAGGAGAGGAAGAGGAGUCAUGUUUCUGAGGAGGAGCAGUCGUCCUGCUGUGCUUCGUGUCAGGACGUCCUGAAGGAUCCAGUCUCCACCAGCUGUGGACACUGGUUCUGCAGACAGUGCAUCACCUCAUACUGGGACCAGUCUGGUUCUUCAGGAGACUCCUCCUGUCCCCAGUGUGGAAAAAGAUCCAGAACAGGAGCUCGAGAUCGUGGUCUGCAGGAGGUUUUAGAUGAACAUCAGCUCAGUCUGAGCAGGAGAUGUGAACAUGUGACUGAAGGAAGUGAUGCAACAGGAAGUAGAACCCUCCUCAACAGGAUCUACACUGAGCUCUACAUCACAGAGGGACAGAGUGAAGAGGUUAAUACUCAACAUGAGGUGAGGCAGCUUGAGACAGCUUCCAAGAAGAAGAUCCUCCACGACACUCCCAUCAGGUGCCACGACAUCUUUAAAGCCUCCACUGACCAGCAGAGCAGCAUCAGAGUCGUCCUGACCAACGGCGUCGCUGGCGUUGGAAAAACCUUCUUGGUGCAGAAGUUCACUCUGGACUGGGCAGAGGGUUUAGAGAACCAGGAUGUGGGUCUGCUGACUGUGCUUUCGUUCAGGGAGCUGAACCUGGUGAAGGACCAGCAGCACAGUCUCCUCACGCUGCUCCGUGUUUUCCAUCCAGCGUUACAGAAGCUCACGGCAGAGACGCUCGCUGUCUGUAAACCUUUGUUCAUCUUUGACGGCCUGGAUGAAAGCAGACCUUCUCUGGACUUCAACCACAGGGAGCUUGUGUCUGAGGUCACACAGAGGUCAUCAGUCAACGUGCUGCUGACAAACCUCAUCCGGGGGAAUCUGCUUCCCUCGGCUCUCAUCUGGAUAACCUCAAGACCUGCGGCGGCCAAUCAGAUCCCUCCUGCAUGUGUCGACAGGGUCACAGAAGUACGAGGCUUCACUGACGCCCAGAAGGACGAGUACUUCAGGAGGAGAUUCAGUGAUGAAGAGCUGUGCAGCAGAAUCAUCUCACACAUCAAGACGUCCAGGAGCCUCCACAUCAUGUGUCAAAUCCCAGUCUUCUGCUGGAUCAGUGCUACAGUUCUGGAGCACAUGUUGACCACAGAACAGAGAGGAGAGCUGCCCAAGACCCUGACUGACCUGUACUCACACUUCCUGCUGAUCCAGACAAAGAGGAAGAACAAGAAGUACGGUGAGGGACAUGAGACGACUCCACAGCAGCUGACGGAGGCUGACAGGGACGUUCUCCUGAAGCUGGGGAGGCUGGCGCUUAAACAUCUGCUGGAAGGAAACAUCAUGUUCUACCAAGAAGACCUGGAGCAGUGUGGUCUAAAUGUCACAGAGGCCUCGGUGUACUCAGGAGUUUGUACUGAGAUCUUCAGAAGAGAGUGUGUGAUCUUCCAGAAAUCAGUCUACUGCUUUGUUCAUCUGAGCGUUCAGGAGUUCCUGGCUGCAGUCUACAUGUUCUACUGUCACAACGAGAGGAACACAGAAGAAAUCAACAACUUCUUGGGAACAUUUGGGGACACAUACAGUACCUUCUCCCUGAAUGAGCUCCUGAAGAGAACCAUGAAGAAAUCCCUCUCCAGUACAAAUGGUCAUCUGGACCUGUUUGUUCGCUUCCUUCACGGCCUCAGUCUGGAGUCCAACCAGAGAGUCUUAGGAGGCCUGCUGGGUCUGACAGAGAACAAUCCAGAGAUCAUCCAGAGAGUCAUCAAUAACCUGAAGAAGAUGAAGAGUGAUGACAUUUCUCCUGACAGAAGCAUCAAUAUCUUCCACUGUUUGACUGAGAUGAACGACCACUCAGUUCAUCAGCAGAUGAAACAGUUCCUGACGCUAAAGAACAAAUCAAAGGAGAAACUCUCUGAGAUCCACUGCUCAGCUCUGGCCUACAUGCUGCAGAUGUCAGAGGAGGUUCUGGAUGAGUUGGACCUGAAGAAGUUCAACACAUCAGAAAUUGGUUCAUGGAGACUGAUCCCAGCUGUGAGGAACUGCAGGAAGGCUCGACUAGGUGAUUGUCGACUCUCAGUGAUUCACUGUGAAGUUGUGGUCUCAGCUCUGAAGUCAGACCCCUCACAUCUGAGAGAACUGGAUCUGAGUGGAAACAACCUGCAGGAUUCAGGAGUGAAGCUGCUGUGUUCUGGACUGGAGAGUCCAAACUGUCGACUGGAGACUCUGAGGUUGGAGAGCUGCAGACUGUCAGAGAUCAGCUGUUCUUCUCUGGCUUCAGCUCUGAGGUCAAACCCCUCUCAUCUGAGAGAACUGGUUCUGAGCUACAACGACCUGAAGAAUUCAGCAGUGAAGGAGCUGUGUGGUUUUCUACAGAGUCCAACCUGUCGACUGGAGACUCUGAGGUUGAGGAGCUGCAGUCUGACAGAGAUCAGCUGUUCUUCUCUGGCUUCAGCUCUGAGGUCAAACCCCUCUCAUCUGAGAGAACUGGAUCUGAGACACAACAACCUGCAGGACUCAGCAGUGAAGGAGCUGUUUGAUCUACAGCAGAGUUCAACCUGUCGACUGGAGACUCUGAGGUGGGGGUCUGAGUGGAGCUGAGUGUGAAGAGGACAGUGUGUGUGGACGGAGGCUGAGCUGUGUCCUGAGGAUCCAGAGGCUGAAGCAGCAGCUGCUUGUGUGUAGUCUCCAAUCUACACAACCCCUAAUCUGCAUGUGUUUGUGAGAUGAAGCCGGAGCACCUGGAGAAAACACGUGGAGAACAUGCAGAAUCCACACAGGAAGACCCAUCUGAACCGGAUUCAAACCAGCAACCUUCUUGUCCGGAUUGUGUUUAUUCACAUGAAGAAUGUGUUUAUUAUUUUCCACCUUUGUCCCUCACUAUGUCUCUAUGUGUGUAGAACCACAUUCUGUGUAUAUGUUUGUUUAUGAUCUUAAAGUUCCUGGAUUCACGUCACAAAUUGAUUUCGUUCAACACAAAGUUCAACACAUUAAAAUCACUUUGAGUUUAAAAUCAGAGUUUUUUUCUUUGAACCAAAAGAUCAAAACUCUGGACUUAAAAAUGGAACGUUUUUAAUUUCUGCAUCAGGUGCAGAGAGGUGGUGGCUUUUCUACUUUUGACCCACAGGUGGCGCUGCAGUAUAACAGCAGCACAUCCCAGUCAAAGCUUUUAUAUUAAGUCUAUGAGUCAAACACAUGGAUCUUUUCCUCUGUGAGAAACCACAAAAAAAUUAUAUAUAUAGCAUUUUACUAGCACUUAAAUGGCACUUACUUAUAGCACGUUGUACUUUUGCUUUAUUUUUGAAGAAAUUGUACUUUCUUGAUUCUUGCUGUUAAGGGUUUGUAUUCCCGGGGUUGAAUGCACUUAUUGUAAGUCGCUUUGGAUAAAAACGUUAGCUUAAAUGAAAUGUAAUGUAACAAGAUAAAAACGUCUCAGAGAUAAAAGUUCUGUUUCUACUUGUCUCUGCUUUAAUGCUCAAUAAACAUCUUUCCACCGA